AUGUUAAAGAAAAAUGACACAGUGGUGACUGAGUUUAUUCUCCUGGGACUGACAGAUCGAGCUGAGUUGCAGCCUGUCCUUUUUGUAGUUUUCCUAGUCAUCUACCUUAUCACGGUGAUCGGCAACAUGAGCAUGAUUUUGCUGAUCAGAAGUGACUCGAAACUUCACACUCCAAUGUAUUUCUUCCUCACACUCUCCUUUGUGGAUCUCUGUUACGCCACCAGUGUCGCUCCUCAGAUGCUGAUUCAUUUCUUAUCCAAGAGAAAAUCCAUUUCCUUUCUGGGUUGCAUGAUACAAUUCCACUUUUUCAUUGCCCUGGUGAUCACUGAUUAUUAUAUGCUCACAGUGAUGGCCUAUGACCACUACAUGGCCAUCUGCAAACCCUUGUUGUAUAGCAGCAAGAUGUCCCGAUGUGUCUGCUUCUCUCUCGUGGCUACCCCUUAUGUUUAUGGCUUUGCAAAUGGUCUGGCACAGACCAUCCUGAUGCUUCGCCUCUCCUUCUGUGGACCCAAUGAAAUCAACCACUUUUACUGUGCAGACCCACCUCUCAUAGUCCUUGCAUGCUCAGAUACUUAUGUCAAAGAAACUGCCAUGUUCGUGGUGGCUGGUUUUAAUCUCACCUGUUCUCUGGCCAUCAUUCUCAUCUCCUACAUUUUCAUUUUCUCAGCCAUUCUGCGUAUCCGGUCUGCUGAGGGGAGGCGGAAAACCUUCUCCACCUGCGGGUCCCAUUUGACGGCUGUCACCAUCUUUUAUGGGACACUGUUCUGCAUGCACCUGAGACCCCCUUCUGAGACAUCUGUAGAACAGGGGAAAAUUGUUGCAGUGUUUUAUAUCUUUGUGAGUCCUAUGUUAAACCCUUUGAUCUAUAGCCUGUGGAACAAAGAUGUUAAAAGUGCAAUCAAGAAAGUUGUCAAAAAGAACAAGUAUCUGUUGAUAAGCUACCAUCGUGCAGGGACUGGACUAGAUGUUGAGAUCACAGUCCUUGCCUGCAAGGGUUUGCAGUGUCAUGGCGGCAAGAGAGAUAUUGGCAGCCAAGCGGAGAUUGCAAAAUGUCUCAAAUUGAGGCACGGUAAUUUGCACCUUGUUUGCAUGAAAUAA